CAUAAUUUGUGUGUUCACAACACUGCACCUGGGUUUGAAAAAGCUGCAUUCAAGGUUCAUGGACCAACAUUGAGUUUUUUUAUUUUCUUCAAGUAAGUUAAACCAGUGUGUUGCUAUGGAUGAAAGUGGAAUAAGGACGAGAAAGGAGUCACAGAAUGGCUCCACUGACCUUACCAAAGACAACAAGGAGGUGGUGAAGGCCGUUGCUCUUCAAAAAGAUGUUGGUCUGCUGAGUGGCAUUUGUCUCAUUGUGGGGACUAUGAUUGGCUCAGGCAUUUUCAUUUCCCCAAAGUCUGUUUUGCUGUACUCGGGAGCUGUGGGACCUUGCCUCCUAAUCUGGACUGCUUGCGGCGUGUUAUCUACUCUUGGAGCACUGUGUUAUGCUGAACUUGGAACCAUGAUCACCAAAUCAGGCGGCGAGUACCCCUAUUUCAUGGAGGCUUUUGGCUCUAUUGUUGCCUACCUUUACUCCUGGACAACUAUUAUGGUGUUAAAGCCUUCAUCCUUUGCUAUCAUCACACUGAGCUUUGCAGAAUAUGCCUCAACUCCUUUCUACCCUGGCUGCUCUCUACCUCUAAUUGUCACCAAGUGUCUAGCAGCAGCGGCUAUAUUGAUCAUCACAUCCAUCAACUGUUUAAGUGUCAAACUGGCAAGUUAUGUGCAGAACUUUUUUACUGCAGCCAAACUUGUAAUCAUUCUUGUCAUAGUUGGAGCUGGAAUCGUUCUGUUGGCACAAGGAAAAACAGAGAAUUUUUCAAAUGCUUUUGAUGGCACUGCAACAUCUUUUGGAGCAAUUGGACUUGCAUUUUAUAAUGGGCUUUGGGCUUAUGAUGGAUGGUAAUUAUUUACUUGGUUUCAUACUUUCUCAGGCUAUAUGUGAUAAUAUGAUGAGUACUGCUCUUCUGAAUUCAAAUAAGGGGCACUGUAACCAUCCUCAGCAUUCAGAAAAGAAAAGAACAAAACUGUUUUACAUCUUUGUUUUCAAAAAUGACAUACUUCAAACUGCUUGCAUUUUAUCUCAAAUAACCUUACUGAUGUAUCCAGAUCAGGCAGCAUUCAACAAAUUACACUAAAAUAUUUUUAGUAAAC